AUGAUUUCCUCAUUAUGGUUGAUGGGGGCACUCUGCUGUCUGAUGUUGCUUCCAGGUCAGUUUUUAUUCUUUAUUUAAGUGCAAAACUCAAACAAAAAGAUGGUCAAAAAAUAUGUAUGUGAUGAUUUGUCUCCUCUUCCAGGUCUUCUGGAGGCCAAAUCUUUGUUAAACGUCAUCCAGCAAGAAGGUGAGUGCACUUCUACAAACAUUUCAGCUUUUAUAAAUGAGUAUUUUCUGAGUGACUGAGGUUUGUCUCCCUGUAUCACAGAGAUGGUCCCUGUCAGCGGUCUCAGUAUUGACUCAGAGAAAGCAAACGACUUUCUGACUCACUCCAGACCCAAGCGUAACGUGGACCCCGUAUGGUACAGAUCAAACCCAGACUUUCAGGCGUACUACCGCUACUACAGCAGCAUCGGACACACUGAGGGGGUGAGACGCCAGAACAUGAGUCAGUUUCACACAUUGAGACAUGAUAAUUUGUGAAUGGAUAAGACAGAGAUUGUAGAAAACGGCAGGGAUUAAAGAAAUCCACAUUUUAAAUCCUUGAAGACAUUCUACACAGUGAUUGUGGUGGGUUAAGUCAACAUUAACAAAAGCUUUUUAUUAUUUUGUCCCUUUAAAUGUUUCUUUUUUUCUGUUCACAAUAAGUUCUUUCAGUUUUUAUUCCUCCGCAUUUUUAUUCAAAUUUCAGCGCUGUGAUCAGAUUUGAACUUUGGGUUGAGUCUGUUGUUCAUCUUACAAGAUUUCAUGAUGAAGAUGUUUUCAAAAUAUCCUUCAAAAGAGCUUUUCUUUGGUUCACAAAGAAUUAAGAGGCUCAAGUGCAAGAAAGAAACUGCAAAAAAAAUAUCAUCUUUUUAACAAAAUACUGCAAAAACAAUAAAUCCGUUUUCAUGAAAGGAUGUUAAAGACUUUGCUUAAGUUUCAAAGCCCUGACAGAUUUAUAAGAAAGAGUGAAAAGUCUGAUUUCUGAGUUUUAUCCAGGUUGUAAGAGUUUAAACAGUUUAUGAGCGAUGCAGCAGUAACUUCUGUUAUUGACUGAAGUUUUUUCUUCUUCUUUGGUUCUUUCUUUGGGGUGUGGGGAACAUUCAAAGUACAGUAUCAUGACUGUUCUGAAAUUUAAAUCCUGACUUUAUUUUGUGGAGAACACUGACCUUUUAAAAAUUUAUUCAUAAGGGCCUUUUUGCUUUUAAAUGAGCUCCAAAUCCGGUUAGAAGAAAAAAACAUCCAGAGUAGAAAAUGAAAACCCAACAAUAAAAAAGUAGAUAUUUGACAGUGCGUGAUAUUUUCUCAAGCGUGAUAAAUGUCUUUUUUUUAAUUUUUAUAAAGUUGCCCCUUUCCCCUUCUUUCUCAGCUCUAUGAGAUCGACAAGAUCCGGAUGCUCUACCAGCAGAUGAGGUUCUUGGAGCACGCUUAUGGCCCCAACGCCUCCUACUACCAGAACAAACUGGGAUUGCCGAGGAUGUGUGACCCAGCCACAGACAAGAAGUGCAAAGUCGUUCUCCCUCCUCCACCUCCUAUGAAAGGGGUCCCAAAGCCCACAGAGCCCCCUGCAACUGUUCCCCCUCCUCCUCCCAUUGCUCCAUCCAUGUCUCAGGCUGACGUCCUCUACCUAUGCAACAAGAAGGACCCCCUCUGUAAGCCCCACAUCGUCUACAUGCCCACUGGUGCAGUACCCGUGCUCUGUGACCCCCGCUAUCACCCUAAAUGCAUCCCCCAGAAAGCCCCAGAACCAGUUGCGGUGCUCCAGUACCCUCCUCCUAAAAAGUCUGCCCCACCUCCACCUCCACCAGUCCUCGUGAAGAAGUCCCCCCCGGCCCCUAUCCGCACCUUCAAGGGCAUGGAGUACGAUUGUGACCCCUACUGGGAUCCCGACUGCCUGAUCGACCACCCACCCAGGCCCAUAAAGGGUAAGGUGGUGGCCCUCCCACCACCACCUCCUAUUGUGGAGAAAAAGAAAGAGGAAGUGCCUGUGGAGGAGCCAGUCCCGCCUGCCCCAAAGAAAGUGGCUCUCUACCCCUACCCAUACUACCACCCAAUGCCCUACGACCCCAGGGAUGAUCUGUAUGACCCAGCCCGCUUCCAGUACCCUCAGCCUGCUGCUUCUGCUGACGAGCCCGCAGAGGACGGCCAGUAA